AUGUGGAUUACAACAAUAUAUAUUCUAUACAGAAUAAAUACAUGCCAAUGUUUUCAUUUAGAAUGGAUCAAUAUUGGCAAUAUGAGUUAUUUACGAAAGUUUUUUGCAGCAACCUUGUUAGCAAAUGGAACGGUGUUAGUUACUGGUGGAUGGAAUAUUUAUGACAUUGAAGUUCAAAGGAGUGCUGAGUUGUACGAUCCAUCGACAGAAAUUUGGAGACCAACUGGUAAUAUGAAACGUGAUCGAAACUUGCACACAACACUCUUAUUAACAAAUGAAAAAGUGUUAGUUACUGGUGGACUAAUUCUUGGUAUUCUUGAAAACGAUUCUGAGUUAUACGAUCCAUCCACAGGAACUUGGACAACUAGUAGCAGUAUGACUCAUAAAGUAGUACUUCACACAGCAUGCUUAUUGACAAAUGGACAAGUGCCAGUUACUGGUGGAUUUAAAUUUUAUAGUGUUGACGGUGAAAGCACUGCUGAGUUGUACGAUCCAUCGAGAGAUAUUUGGACUACUACUGAUAGCAUGUACAAUGGACGACAGGGUCACACAGCAUCCUUAUUAAAAAGCGGAUAA